GAUCAAAGUACAAAAAAGAGAGGCCAAUAUAUCACAAAAAACCUCAUCUCCAAACCCUAAUAUAUUAGCCAUUUUUCCACUUUACACCACAAACUAGGUUUUUUUGCAUUUGUCACUGCCAAAGUCAGCCGCCACCAUGUCUAGGAGAAAGACUAGGGAGCCUAAGGAAGAGACAGUUACACUUGGACCAGCUACAAGGGAAGGUGAAUUGGUCUUCGGUGUUGCGCACAUUUUUGCAUCCUUCAAUGAUACUUUCAUUCACGUGACUGAUUUGUCUGGAAGAGAAACUAUGGUUCGCAUUACUGGUGGAAUGAAGGUGAAGGCUGACAGAGAUGAAUCUUCUCCAUAUGCUGCUAUGCUUGCAGCUCAGGAUGUGUCAGUGCGAUGCAAGGAACUUGGAAUCAAUGCUCUUCACAUUAAGCUUCGGGCUACAGGAGGCAACAAGACUAAGACUCCUGGUCCUGGUGCCCAGUCUGCUCUCAGGGCUUUGGCUCGAUCUGGCAUGAAAAUUGGACGUAUAGAGGAUGUGACUCCAAUUCCCACCGAUAGUACUCGCAGAAAGGGUGGUAGAAGGGGAAGGAGGCUGUGAAGACUCUUUUUCUUUUCUGCAGCAUGCUGCAAGUUGGAGAAUAUUGUUUUCGAGGAUGCUCCCUUCAGUAUCUAUUUACAUUUGAUUUCUAAAUACUUUUUAGCUGCUCACUUUUUGUCCCGAACCACCUUCACUUUUGAGUUGGCCAGCUUUGCAAGAUAGUGAAGUUUUCUUGAAUUUGGUUUUA